CAGGUCACGGGGUCGGGCGGCACACCUACCCGGCACGGCCGAGCAACAGAACUGGGGCGCGGGAUUUUUUAUUAAUCGCUUUGAGCCGGGUAUAUAAAGGAUCCGGGUUGGCCUGGUUCUGUGAGUUCUCCGACUCUCCAAGGCUCGCGACGGUCCUGUCCGAAAAAAAUCCCUCCGUCGUGCGAGAACUGAGACGUCGUCCCAGACAGCGACAAACUGUAUAGUGUGAUGUCAACUCCGGCCUCCUUCCGUCAUGCGGGCACGUUUCUAUCGCUGGCGGUGAUUUUGUCGUCAGGAACGCCGUCUGUCCGCGGGAGUCUGACGGCCAGUGAUGAGGCGGUUCUGCUGGAGAAACAUCGCGAGUUCCGCAAGGGGGUGGGUGCCGCGAAUAUGGAGGCUAUGACUUGGAACAGCGAGCUGGCGACUUUAGCGCAAGCCUGGGCGGAGACCUGCACAACCAGCCAUGGCGGGACGUCCGGAUCGUCUGCGUUCGGAGGCGACAUCGGUCAGAACAUCUACAAGACCAGCGGGUCGUCUGUCGGGGACUACAACUCGGUUGUGCAGGCGUGGUACGACGAGGUGGAGUUCUACAACUACAACAGCGCCUCCUGUCAGUCGGGACGGAUGUGCACCCAUUACACUCAACUUGUGUGGGCGGAGUCUGAGGCUGUGGGCUGCGGGGCGCACACGUGCAGCGGGGACGGGACGUACGUGGUCUGCAACUACGGCCCUGGGGGUAACGCUGCAGGUACGAAGCCGUUCAAAACGGGCCAGCCGUGUUCCCUGUGCGGCAGAGGAGCGGGGUGGUGCGAGGACGACUUCUGUGUUGACUGUCCAGCAAAGAACUGCACCUGUCCCAUGGAGUGCCGUAACUGUGGUGUGAAGGACGCGGCGGAGUGCCAGUGUGGCUGUAAGGACGGCUGGGACGGACUGGACUGCUCUGUGGUGUGUAGAGACUGGCACAAGAACUGCGGUAAGAGUCCCGGCUGGCCCACCACACAGUACUGCACAGACGCCACCGUCGGGGAGGUAGUCACCGCGCAGUGCAGGGUGCUCUGCCAACAGUGCGACGUUGUAACAGACACCUGGGGGCCGGACGUGUGCUGUGAAGGGAAGCUGUGUGAGAACAGCGGCUACCUGAACACCACACAGGACGACUGCGGCUGCGUAUGUCCGGAGGGCUACACGGGGGACAACUGUGAGAACGGAGCAACUGCAGUUCCGGUCAUGUCCGCAACGUGGAACCUUGGAUUGCUGUUUCUGUUGAUGUUGCUGAACUAAUUAAUAAGACAGUGGAUGACGCGCUGAAAUUCGAAAAUCUUGUCGCUUGUACUUUUAUAUCAACCUGCUGCUUUUACAUCAAUUGCUGCUAUUUAAGAUUUCCUGUAUCUGAAAUAAUGAAAAGGGCAAAUACGCUCUAAGUGCCUUUAAUCAUUUACGCUUAAGUAUCGCUGCAGUUUUUGUUGGUCACGUUACGUUGUUCGUUUUCGGUUACUGCCUAUGGGUCGUAUCUGGAACAUUUGAGAUGUUGUCAAACUCGAUUGGUUAACUUUGUAUGUUGAAUACUGUGACAAACUAUACAUGGGGCUUCGUAAAAUUUUCCGAAACAUGUGUAACUUUGUACAAACAUCAGAUUGAGCAGACGCCUGAUGAUGCGUUUUUAUUAUAUGUCAAC